UGCAGCGGGGGGUGUCGGUCUGUCUUGUGCUGGGCACGGCCGGGCCGGGCCGGGCAGCGCAGCGCCGCCAUGAGCUCCGGCGGGACGCUGAGCAUCCUGCGCAGCGACUCCUACGCCGAACUCAGCCAGUACCGGGACCAGCAUUUCCGGGGGACGCGGUACGACCAGGAGCGGCUGCUGAGGAAGAGCUGCACACUGUACGUGGGGAAUCUCUCCUUCUACACCACGGAAGAACAGAUCCACGAGCUCUUCGGCAAAAGCGGCGACAUCAAGAAGGUCAUCAUGGGGCUGGACAAAGUGAAGAAAACCGCCUGCGGCUUCUGCUUCGUGGAGUAUUAUGCCAGAGGAGAUGCUGAAAAUGCAAUGCGAUACAUCAACGGGACCAGACUAGAUGACAGGAUCAUAAGGACAGACUGGGAUGCAGGAUUUAAGGAGGGUAGGCAGUAUGGCCGUGGAAGAUCAGGGGGGCAGGUAAGUUGUUGUACAGCCUGGGGUUUUAAGGGAAUGGUGAAUUUGCCAAACUUCUUGGUUUUGAAUGAACACAGAACAAUUUCAGAAAUAGCAGCUUAGGAGUCAUUGUUUAAGGUAACACUGGAAGACAUCUGAUCAAUGGCAGUAUACUCCACCAUAAAUUUUACUGAAAGUACUUGCAGAAACAAUUCUUGGCAGCCUGGGAGAUAAUGCUUUAAGUAAGCCCAGAAAAUGUAAGGGGCUGUCAGGAACACACAGGAUAGCAGUUGACUUACCCCACGUGGAGCAGGUGGUAGUGGCUUUUACUGCCAAAGCCCAGGGCUAGCCAUCCUUGUGUUGAUUAGAGAUGUGAUGAGAAAGGAAGUUGGUUUAUGCUGUUCUGGACAUGUUGCAUGUUUAGUGCAUGUUGUUUGGUCAGUCAGCUCCAUGUAGCUACUUAGGCAUUGUGAUGUCAGUAUGACUGUAUUCUAAUAGUGUAACAAUUUUUAGAAAUUGUUUUUUCCUUGUCUUUUCUGGACUUCCCAUUCUCCCUCCUUCGUUAGGUCCGAGAUGAGUAUCGGCAAGACUAUGAUGCUGGAAGAGGUGGCUAUGGCAAAACUGUUCAGUGCCAGUGACUCCUCGGCUUCACAAGAGAACCAAAUCUGCUUUGUAAAUGUCCCCAGGCACAAAGUAGGUCUGUUGCACACAAUUCACAGAAACUCCUAUCCAUGUUGCUGUGAGCACAUCCUAUGUUCAAUACCUCUUCUGUUUUAAGGAUCCAAAGCAUUGCAGAGGACCUGGGAGCAAGGCUUUAAGUAUUGGAAUGCUGAGGCUUUGGUCUCAAAAUGCUGCUAUAACUUACUGAAAGGAGUGAAGAUGUAAUGUUAUGGUGCUUCUUUUUUCCUCUGGCAAAACUUGAUUAGUCUACUGGAUUUUGUUUACAUUGGUAUCCCAGGUGGAGAGCAGUAAUAAAGGAUGAUUGGUGGAUUUUUCACAGAUGGAAGUAAAAUGCAAAGAGCCUGAAAAGGAAGGGGAAUUUCUAGGGAAAUUUUUUAAAUUCUAUGGAAGACUUCUAAGUUGCAGAUUUUCUGGGGUUACUGGAUUAGCAUCCUUUCCUGCUGGUGCUGUUCCUAGAACAUUUACAUGAACAGCUGUAAUAAAACAAAUGAAAUUGAGUUCAGGAGUCAUGAAGUUGAGGAGCAGCUGAGCAGAGAGCAUGAAGCAGACCUCUUUUGUCUUCUACAAAGUAUAGUUGUGAUUGCAUGACAGAGAAGAGCAAAUGCAAGAAUUACAGUACUAUUAUUGCACAGUUUGAGUAUUAGUAUUUUGUCCAAUAUUGUAGCCCUCUACAGCCUUAGUAUUUGAGGGCAGUAUCUUCCCUGUGCGUGUAAGGGUUGCAUGAAUCCAAGUUACCCCCAAAAUGGGAUGUUUGUGAAACUGGGUUUAUAAUGAAAAAGUUUCUUCCCAAAAUAGGUUUUCUAUUUGAGAAACUUGAUUUCAGACAACUUAGAAACAAAAGAGUUUUGGGAGGAGCCUUGCUUUCUACUGAGCAUGUGAUAAGAAUGGUAAAAGAAUUUCAGGAUUGCAUAGCUUGUGUUUUGUUUUUCUCUCCCUGCUGGGUCCUAGUCAUACUGCUUGUUGAUGUGUGGGAAUUUUGAUGUCCUGCAGACAUAGGUUUAAAAAAUAAGAUCCAAUAAGAUCCCAGGAUCAAUGAAAUUGACCUGCUGAAAUGAAAUAGUUUAAAAAGAACUGUUACAGGGCUUUGGAAUUUCUUCAUGGGCUUCCGUAUUCUGUGUAUAUGGCAUUUGCCAAAGUUUUGUGCGAAUACCUUGUUGUCCAUGGCUCCUUAUAAACUUUCAGAGGUGUACAAAAAUUGAUCUUUACUCACUGAAAGUAUUGUAGGAAAUUUUGACGUGUUUCUUGCACAGUUAAUCACUGCUGUUACUGUAAAUUGGAAGACAAGUGAGAUUGAACAACUCCUUACUUAGGAAGUGUGGGUUUGAUGUUUUUUGUCACAUAGACUAAAACUAGACUUUUGGGAUCACUUGGUGCUGGUCUGCAAAUAAGAUUUGAACAAAAUUACCUUUUCUGAUAUAGUAUAUUUGAUUAUGAGUUUACAGCCUGUAAUCUGCUGUAGAACAGUGCUGAAGUUUAUUUUUCAUUGUUUCAAUUUUGUAUAAAAAUAUGUUACCAAAAACUCUGAAGUCACUUUCUUUUAAAUAAAGCUGCAACA